AUGAAUACAUCUUAUAUCAGCUUCAUUAUUUUUAUUUUAUUAUAUUGUCGGAGCACAUUUUUCAAAAAUAAAAAUUUUGUAGUGACAGCCUCACAAUUAACAAAGGAAUGUUUUAAUUGUGAUGUGGUUAAAAAAAAUAUCGCAUUUCCUCCUCUAAGGAGAUGUGUAUGUCUGAAUAAUUUAUUUGAAAAAGAUAAUGAAAAUAAGGAUGAAUUUAAUUCAUUGAAUUUAAAAUGUGAUAAAAGAGAAAAUUUUGAUUUUAAGAAUAAUCCUAACAUUUCAAAUCCUGAUUUUAUAUGUGACAUGCAAGUAUUAUUUCAAAAAUUUUCCUAUUAUUCAAUGGAAAGUGUGAUUGAUGGAAAUUAUAUAAAAAAUUUAAAUAAAAACACAUUUUGUUUUAUAUAUGAUUUACAUACUAUUUUUAAAUCCAGAGCAUUUAAAAAUGUUAAUGAAAUUGUUAAAAAAAUAACUAUAUUGAAUUCUUUUAAUUUCCUAGAAAAUAUUAACAAUUUAGAAAAAGAAAAUAAAAUUGAUAUCCUAAAAUCUAUUCCACCAAAGAUGAGGAAUAUAGAUAAAAAUGAAUUUGAUGAAAUUUAUAGAAGUUUAAUAAUGUUAAAAAAUAGAAUGCAUGUAGAAGUAUGCCUUUUUAAUAAUAAUUCUUUUUAUUUAAGUGAGACAGCAAGCUAUAUUUUAGAAGUAUUUGAUUUUUCAAAACAAUAUUUUUUAGAAAUUAACUCAUUAAGUAGCAAAGAUAAUUUUUUAAAUAUGUGCUCUGAAUUAUUAGAGUUAACUUUUAAAAAUUUAAGCGAAAUUUUUUCAAAAGAUUCUAAGGAUAAUAUAAAAUUAAAUAAAAAUAUAUGUGAUUUUUUAAAUAAAGAAAUUAAUGCGAUUAAUAUGCUUGCUAAAGAAGAAUUAAGAAAUAUAGAUUCAAAAUUGGAAGAUCUAUAUAAAUCCCAUUCAUUAAACAGAGAAAACUUUGAUCUUUUUUUUAGUAGUUAUAUAAUUAGAAAAUUAAAAGACUUAAAAAAUAAAUCAUUAAAAAUUAAUAGUUAUCAAAACUUACAACAAUUGUUUACCCCAUUUACUGAUAUGAAUGAGGCAUUAUUAAAAUAUUAUAAAACAAAAUUACAAUAUCUUAAUGUAAUGCAUAAAGAAAAGAAUGAAGCUGCUUUAAAAAAAUACUUAGAAGGUGAAAUGACCCCAGCUGAAAUGAUUUUAAUUAAUGAGGCUUUUCAAUCGUAUAAAAAGUAUAUUUUAUUAAAGAAAAAGUUAUUCUAUCUUAUUGAUAUUAUGAAAUUAAAUUACAAUAAUAAAAAAUUUAUAAGACAUGCUUAUAGUAUUGGUAAAGAAUAUGCAAAUAGUAAUAUAUUUAAAGAGAAAAUAGAUGAGAAUUUAAAAAAUAUUGAUGAAAAAUUAAAAAUAAUUCAAGGAAAAAAAAGUAUAGCAAAUAUAUUUAUAAGAAAUGUAGAACAGUGUCGUUUAUUAAUAGAAGAAUUAAAUAAAACUGGAUAUUUUUUAAAAAUUACAGAAAAAUAUGUAGAUGCUCUAAUCUCAAGUAGUACCCACAUAAAAGAAAAUUCUGAUAAUAAUAGAGAAACAAAUCUUAUUUUAAAACUUUUAAAAAAAAAAAAAAAAGUUAUGCUAGAUAAUAAUUUUAUGUCUGCAUAUUCUUUUCUUUUUUUUUACAAUUAUAUUUCUUUUAUUACGUUGUAA